AUGUUUUGGCUGCUAAUAGCCGCAAUACUUGUGGCUUAUGUAUUGUAAGUUACGUCUUCUUGCAAAUUUUUACACUAUUUCGGAACAGAUUUUGAGUAAAAUCGACGGUUUUUCAAACACCUGUGGCCAUUUUCUAUCACUCUGUUUGAAUAUUUUUUCAAUUUUACACAUAUUCUUUUCCAGCCAUGCCAUUUAUCACUCCAAGUACUGGGAACGAAAGGGUAUCCCAGGCCCAAAACCCACUCCAUUUGUCGGGAAUUUAAUGGAAAUUCGGAAUCAGAAAGCGUACUCUUUAAAUCUGGCAGAGUGGACGAAACAGUAUGGAGAUGUCUACGGAAUCCAAAAAGGACGGACCAACAUCCUGGUGAUCAGUAAUCCCAAGCUCAUCAAGGAGGUCAUCGUCGACAAAUUUGAGAUUUUCCAUGCGAGAGAAGUGAGUUCCUGACGCGGGUUUACUUUGGUUAUCCCACUUCAUCAAAAUUAUGAUUCCUCUUGAGGUUGCAUACAAAAAAGUGUAAUUGUUUUAGUCACCGCCGAGCCGAGGGGACCCGGAAACAAUGCCGAGGGCCAAUGUGUUUUCAGCUGCUGGAAAACGAUGGAAACGGCUGAGAACUUUGGCCAGUCCAGCCUUCUCGGUUGCAAAUUUAAAAAAGGCAAGGCAUUCUGCAUUUUUUUUGAUAUCUCAACAAAUUUUAAUUAGCUGUUACAUCAGAAAACUAAAAAAAAGUUAACUUUCAGGUAAUGCCAAUCAUCGACGAAUCAGCAGACGAAAUGAUGAAGCAUCUGGAGCGACGCCUCACUUUGAAUCAGUCCUUCGACAUUCAACCGUAAGUUUUUCAGUCAUGUUUUUACUCUUUUCCAUGGUUCUCAGCAACACCGGUAAUUUGAUGACUAACACGUCCAAUCCCCAAAAUGUCCGUAUUUUACCUUUAAAAUUUUCCAGAUUUUUUUUCGAAUUCACUUUGGAUGUGAUUUGUCGUGCCGCUCUUGGCCAUGAAAGAAGUAUGCAGUUCGAGAACCCCUACCGCGAGGAUCUGUAUUACUUCUUCCGUCAUCUUUCUCAUCCCCUGUCCGACCUUUCACAUAUGAUCCCGGCUUUGUGGAGGCCCCUCAGAUUUUUGGAAAUGGGUGUUCGCCGGUUCGAAGGGGUCGGGAUCAUUCCAUUGAUCCAUGGAAUGGAGAAGGCCGUGAAGGAAAGGCAGGCUAAAAGAGUAAGUCAAGAGAUGACUCUUUUGAGGCUUGCUGAUGCCUUAAAGAUACAAACUUUUUGCACUUUUGCCAUUAUUUCUGGUACCAAAAGCCAUCUUUUUUUGAUCUUUCGUUUUGAGAUAGGAGCCAACUCUGCACAAUUUUUUCAACUUUUACCGAUGUCUAUGUUGACGGCAUGACCUAAAAAUUUUUGCAUAUUUAGAAUGCCGGAGAUGUUGACUCCGAGCCCGCAGAUUUCAUUGACAUCUUCCUCAACUCUCUUCAAGAUGACGUCAAGCUGGAGAAGACUGGGCUUUAUGACAAGACUGACGUUCACAUCGAAAAGAAACUUUCACUUGGCGAGGUCUUUGCCAACUGUAUGGUCUUCCUGUUGGCUGGGUAAGGCAUCAGAAUUUAAAAAAAAUAAAUUAAGUCUGUCGUUUUGCAAUUAAACUUCAACCUAGGAAGCUUACGUUUACACUCUAGAUUAAAUAAAUAUAGUCCAGCUAUUCAAUUUUUACAGUUGAUUUAUUUACUUUUUACUCGAUUUUUUCAGAUACGACACAACUGCCAAUGUCCUUACAUUUACCAGCUAUUUCUUGGCCAAACAUCCGGAAGUCCAGGAGAAAUUGAGGGCCGAGAUCGAGGAGAUCUGUGUUGAUCAGGUUGGAGAAUAAAACUCAGUCGGAGGUUGACUUAUUAUUUUUUUGUUUUCAGUCGCCCUCAUACGAACAAUUGAACAGCUUGAGAUACACCGAAGCCGUGAUGAAGGAGGCUCUUCGUCUAAUGCCCAUUGCUUCAGCGUAAGUUUUGAUUCAUAAACUAAGGGUGUUACUAGACGAAAAAGAAUGGCCUUGUCUAUUAUAAUAUUCCAAUUACAGUGCGGUCAAUCGAACGUGCGCUCAAGGCACGGUACUCGGAGGAACUAUUGAGAUACAGCAAGGAGAUUGCAUCGAAGUGGACGUCGUCUCAUAUCAUCGACGAAAGGACGUCUGGGGAGAAGAUGCAGAGGAAUUUAGACCAGAACGGUAAGCAAAACUUGGGUUCCUCCUUUGGUCAAGCUCUCUGGGCCACAAAAUAGACAGUUGUAAAAUACGAAUACAAUAACAAUCAUCAUUUUAUUUCUAUUUAUAUAUAUCGUCUAAGCGCCUUCUUUUUCAGAUUCCUUGAAGAAAGUAAGACCGAGCAGAUCUACGGAUUCGGCGGUGGUCCUCGUAUUUGCAUUGGCAUGCGAUUGGCCUACCUGGAGGAAAAAAUGGCGUUGGUCAAGUUGUUGAGGAGAUACCGGUUUAAGGCAGGCCCUGAAACUGAUCCCCUGACCCUUAGUGGAACCCUUAUCCUCAGCUCAGACAACAUGAAACUCAUCGUCGAAGAGAUCUAA